AUGGCUAGUAGAGGUAGAGGUAGAGGAGCUAGGAACACUGAGGAUCCUAUGGAGUGCAUAGCUCAAAUGCUGGAGGCCUUGGUGCAUAACCAAGGUGGAGAACCAGCGGAGUACAGAGGGUUAUCUGCCUUCACUAGACAUGAUCCUCCAAAAUUUGAGGGAGGGUUUAACCCUGAAGGAGCCCAGAGGUGGGUAGCUAAUGUAGAGAAGGUUUUCAAUGCUAUGGGGUGUCGUGAGGAGCACACAGUCCCCUAUGCCACCUACUUGCUGUGUGGGGAGACUGAAGAUUGGUGGAGGUUUGCUGGUCAGACCUUACCACAAGGAAAGGGCUAUAUACAGUGGGAAGCUUUCAAGACCAUCUUUUUGGGGAACUACUUUCCUUGA